AUGGAUGCUCCAGUGCCAACACCAUCUUCUGAGAUGAUCCUGAUUCCCAGAAUGCCCUCCGUGCUGCUCCUGCUGCUGCCUAUCUUGAGUUCUGCAAAAGCUCAGGUUAACCCAGCUAUAUGCCGCUAUCCUCUGGGCAUGUCAGGAGGCCACAUUCCAGAUGAGGACAUCACAGCUUCCAGUCAGUGGUCAGAGUCCACAGCUGCCAAAUAUGGAAGGCUGGACUCAGAAGAAGGGGAUGGAGCCUGGUGUCCUGAGAUUCCAGUGGAACCUGAUGACCUGAAGGAGUUUCUGCAGAUUGACUUGCACACCCUGCACUUUAUCACUCUGGUGGGGACCCAGGGGCGCCAUGCAGGGGGCCAUGGCAUUGAGUUUGCCCCCAUGUACAAGAUCAACUACAGUCGAGAUGGCACUCGCUGGAUCUCUUGGCGGAACCGGCAUGGGAAACAGGUGCUGGAUGGAAAUAGUAACCCCUAUGACAUUUUCCUAAAGGAUUUGGAGCCACCAAUUGUGGCCAGAUUUGUCCGCUUUAUCCCAGUAACCGAUCACUCCAUGAACGUGUGCAUGAGGGUGGAGCUUUACGGAUGUGUCUGGCUGGAUGGCUUGGUGUCUUACAGUGCUCCAGCUGGACAGCAGUUUGUACUGCCGGGAGGCUCCAUCAUUUAUCUCAACGAUUCUGUCUAUGAUGGAGCUGUUGGGUACAGCAUGACUGAAGGGCUGGGCCAGUUGACUGAUGGGGUGUCUGGCCUGGAUGAUUUCACCCAGACCCAUGAGUACCAUGUAUGGCCGGGCUAUGACUACGUGGGCUGGAGAAAUGAGAGUGCCACCAAUGGUUACAUCGAGAUCAUGUUUGAGUUUGAUCGCAUCAGGAAUUUUACUACUAUGAAGGUCCACUGCAACAACAUGUUUGCCAAGGGUGUGAAGAUUUUUAAGGAGGUCCAGUGCUACUUCCGCUCUGAAGCCAAUGAAUGGGAACCUAACGCCGUCUCCUUCCCGCUGGUGCUGGAUGACGUCAACCCCAGUGCUCGGUUCGUCACUGUGCCCCUCCACCACCGCAUGGCCAGUGCCAUCAAGUGCCAAUACCAUUUUGCUGACACCUGGAUGAUGUUCAGUGAGAUCACCUUCCAAUCAGAUGCUGCAAUGUACAACAACUCUGGGGCCCCGCCCACAUCGCCUGUGGCACCCACAACCUAUGAUCCAAUGCUUAAAGUUGAUGACAGCAACACCCGAAUCCUGAUUGGCUGCUUGGUAGCCAUCAUCUUCAUUCUCUUGGCCAUUAUCGUCAUCAUCCUGUGGAGGCAGUUCUGGCAGAAAAUGCUGGAGAAGGCCUCCCGGAGGAUGCUGGAUGAUGAAAUGACAGUCAGCCUUUCCCUGCCCAGUGAAUCCAGCAUGUUCAAUAAUAACCGCUCCUCAUCACCAAGUGAGCAGGAGUCCAACUCUACUUAUGAUCGCAUCUUUCCACUUCGCCCUGACUACCAGGAGCCAUCCAGGCUGAUACGAAAGCUUCCAGAAUUUGCUCCAGGGGAGGAAGAAUCAGGCUGCAGUGGCGUUGUGAAGCCAGUCCAGCCCAGUGGGCCUGAGGGCGUGCCCCACUACGCAGAGGCUGACAUCGUGAACCUCCAGGGGGUGACUGGAGGCAACACCUACUCUGUGCCUGCCGUUACCAUGGACCUGCUCUCGGGAAAAGAUGUGGCUGUGGAAGAGUUCCCCAGGAAGCUCUUAACAUUCAAGGAGAAGCUGGGUGAAGGCCAGUUUGGGGAGGUUCAUCUCUGUGAAGUGGAGGGAAUGGAAAAGUUCAAAGACAAAGAUUUUGCCCUAGAUGUCAGUGCCAACCAGCCUGUCCUGGUGGCUGUGAAAAUGCUCCGAGCAGAUGCCAACAAGAAUGCCAGGAAUGAUUUUCUUAAGGAGAUAAAGAUCAUGUCCCGGCUCAAGGACCCAAACAUCAUCCGCCUCUUAGCUGUGUGUAUCACUGAGGAUCCUCUUUGCAUGAUCACUGAGUACAUGGAAAAUGGAGAUCUCAAUCAGUUUCUUUCCCGCCACGAGCCACCCAGUUCUUGCUCUGCCAAUGUACCCACUGUGAGUUAUGCCAACCUGAAGUUUAUGGCUACCCAGAUUGCAUCUGGUAUGAAGUACCUUUCCUCACUUAAUUUUGUUCAUCGAGAUCUGGCCACACGAAACUGCUUAGUGGGUAAGAACUAUACCAUCAAGAUAGCUGACUUUGGAAUGAGCAGAAACCUAUACAGUGGUGACUACUACCGAAUCCAGGGCCGGGCAGUGCUCCCGAUCCGCUGGAUGUCCUGGGAGAGCAUCCUGUUGGGCAAAUUCACCACAGCAAGUGAUGUGUGGGCCUUCGGGGUGACUCUGUGGGAGACUUUCACCUUUUGCCAGGAACAGCCCUAUUCCCAGCUGUCAGAUGAACAGGUCAUUGAGAAUACUGGAGAGUUCUUCCGAGACCAAGGGAGGCAGACUUACCUCCCUCAGCCUGCCAUUUGCCCUGACUCCGUGUAUAAGCUGAUGCUCAGCUGCUGGAGAAGAGACACCAAGCAGCGGCCCUCCUUCCAGGAGAUCCACCUUCUGCUGCUUCAGCAGGUGGAUGAGUGA